AUGAAAAGGCAUUUCUCAGUUGAGCCACAACUUGAGCAUUAUGUAGCGAUGGUUGAUCUCUUGGGCCGAGCUGGGCUCCUAGAAGAAGCUUAUGCAAUGAUUAAGGAAAUUCCAAUGAAGCCUGAUGUUGUUAUAUGGAGGGCAUUCCUCAAUGCUUGUAGAAUUCACAAAAAUUCUAAGUUGGCAGAAGUUGCCAUUGCAAAAAUAUCACAUCUUGGUAGUGGUGAUUAUGUAUUGUUGUCAAAUAUCUAUUGUUCUAUAAGGAAAUGGGAAAGUGCUGAGAGAGUCAGAUAUAUGAUGAAAAAGAUAGGAGUCCGCAAAAAGGACGAAAGAAGUUGGAUUGAAUUGCGUGGUGCCAUUCACAAAUUCAAGGCAAGUGAUCGAUCUCACCCUGAAACAGAAGGCAUAUACAAGUUGUUGGAAGGACUGAUCUGUCGAGCCAAAAUGGUGGGAUUUGUCCCUAUGACGGAAUUAGUUUUGAUGGAUACAUCCAAGGAGGAAAAGGAGGAAAAUUUGAUUUAUCACAGUGAAAAGUUAGCACUAGCCUAUGGCAUCCUUAAAUCAUGCCCUAGAACUGAAAUUCAGGUUUCUAAAAACCUCCAGAUUUACCCCGACUGCCACUGUUGGAUGAAAAUUGUCUCACAGGGUUAUAAUUGUGAGGGACCAGGUCCGAUUUCAUCGGUUUGA